AUGAUGACGUGUUGUGGUAGCUCAGUUUGUUGUGAUGGUGCGUGGGCGGCGCGGGAGACUUUCCUCCGCAAGCGCAAGACCAACUCCAACUCCAAGCUCGGCUUGGGCGUGGACAAGGAUCCCGAGGUCUUUCCUGGCCGGCAGCUGCUCGCGCCCAAGCUUCUGCAGAAGCCUGGGCUGCCACAAGCGGUCAAGGCACUGGACAUCCCAACGGCCAUAGACUUCUUCCAGUACUACGACAAGGUGCGGGCGCAUGGCAGCACAGGCCUGUUAGAUCGACGGGCAUUCUCGGAGAUGCUCUUUGCGAUAUGCCAGGGCAAGGCGAAGGUGUUUGAGCAUGUUCUUGACGAUCCUCGCAUCGCAGUUGCGUACGUUCCCAAGCCCAAGCCCAGCAUGCUGAUAUUGCUUCCCGCAGAAACUACGCUGGCUAACGUGGAUCUACGCGGUGACGGCUCGGAGCAGAUCAGCAGCGAAUGGUGCGACGCAAUCUUCGAUGCUUUGGCCCCUAGCUGGGCCUUCAGCUCCUGCAACAACUACUUCAGCGACAUCCGGCGGCGGUUCCACACCGUGGGCAUUCAAGCUGGUAGGACUCGGGUCAUCGUGCAGGUCAAGGAAGCCGACCUGCGCGAGCUGGGGCCUCAAAGGGAGUUUCACCUCGAGAUCACGGGCAGUCGAAUACGCAUGCCGCCUGCCGACGUGGACCACAGAUUGAUGUAG